AUUCCUAACUUGUGUAAAAUCCUUUACAUCACAAUCAUCAGUUAUCAUCUUAACACAAUAUUCACAAUGUCAAAGCAGCAAAAAUUGAAUUCAGCCAUCAAAUAUUUGAUCAUUUACGUCUGUGCUUUUCCUCUCUAAACAUCCUCCAAGAAAAAGGCCUGUGUAGUUGAAUUAAAUGUACCUCUGAAAUGUGGUGGAGUUGAAGUACAAAGUAGCACACACUGGAAAUAAUCAAGUCAACAAGUAUCUCUAAAUGUGCUUAUGUACAGCACUUGAGUAUAUGUAAUUAGUUGCCUUUCACCACUGGUGGUAGUGCUUGUGGGUUUUUGCUUUCACAAUUAGUACAGGCAGGCUAUACACCUGGAAUGGCAUGUCACACAAGUGGGUGUGUCCAUGCAGGCAGGUAGGCCAUGUCCAAACCUGCUCUCCUUGUCUGCUGUUGCUUUAAACCAGCUCCACAUACCUGCAUUGAGGAUACUGGAACACUGUCUCCCUGCAUUUGUCUCAAUCUGUCUCUGGAAGUUGUUCUUAUCGCAGACAUGUCGAUCAAAGUGUUUUAUACCAGCGUAAGCGGUUCCAUAAAGAUAAAGAAACAUCAGCAAAAAAUCUUUGAUGUCCUGGAUAGCAAAAAGAUCAACUACGAAGCUGUGGACAUUGCUCAGGAUCCUGAACACAAAGCAGCAAUGAGGGAGUUGGCCAAGGACGAUUCUGCACUGCCCCCUCAGAUAUGCAAUGGAGAACACUACUGUGGGGACUACACAGCAUUUGAAAUUGCAGUGGAGGAUGAAACAUUGGAUGGAUUUCUCAAGCGCUAAAAAGAAUUGGGACAGCCAUGAGACAAC